AUGUCCGCCCCAUACGUCGUGGGCGAUUCGUCGCCGUUUUUGAAGCGCGUCUUGAUUCCAUUCUGGAUCCUCCGCAUCAUCAUCAUGGUUGUUCAAAUCGGGCUCUACGCACUCGUAAUCGCCGGUCUCGGCGUCUUCAAGAACGAUCUUCAACGGCUCUACGAUGAAUAUCACACGAACUUGAGUUAUUCCGGCGUUCUGGCCGUCUCGUGCGUCAUCAUGGGAAUCAUCGCCGUGUGCCUGAUUCUUGAUAUCGUCUGCAUCGUCAAGCGCGCCAGGCGGACACUGAGCCCGCCCUUCUUCCUCGGCGUCAACAUCGCCCAGAGCGUAUUCUACAUCGCCAACUUCAUCCUAACCAUGAUCGGCGCCCGCAACGGCGUCAUUUCCAUCGCCAUCGGCGUCGUCACCCUCGUCUCCUUCCUUGGUCUGCUCAUCUACGCGAGCGUCGUCUUUCACCAGUACCGCCGCGGCUCGCUGCGCGGCAGCUACGUCAAGGCUGACAACCCGGAAGUCCACAAGCUCGUCGCCAGCAGGGGCUAUCCGCAGCACGCCUACGCUCACGACUACCCAAAGACGGCUUAUUACGACGUCCAGGCUGUCUCGCAGACCAGGAAAUCGUAUGGCGGGCACGGAUAUCCCGCUGCGCCCCAGGCCUAUGAGUCGUACAGUCACCAAGGCAGUGACUCCGGGGCGCAUUCGUCGUUUGAGAUGGGCAAUGUGUCUUCAAACUAA